AUGGCUCAGAGUCUAGAGACGGACCUUAGCGAUGCCGCCAGCCGAAGCCACGACAAUGCCGUCCGCUUCAAAGGCGAAAGUGCCAAUGAGAUUGGACUGGGAACUCAAGGAAAGACGGUUUAUGCCACUGAGCACAUGUUGGUCAGAGUGCCUUUCACUGAGGUUUCAGAGCUAAGGCGGGACGAGGAAGACGAAAGGGUAGUCCGCUGCGGUGAGUAG